UCUAAGCAUUCUCUAAAAACCGACCAACAUGCCUGCUGGUCCAGCUCCGUGAACAGUCAACAACUACCAAAAUGCUCUCAUCCCUAUCUCCACCGUAACGACCACCGCCACUUCCGCCGCCUCCUUAAUCUCUCUAAUGGGCAGCACUGAAGAACUGAACAAACCCAAUUCUUAUCUCGACUCCUCGUCCCCCUCAGAGCCUCUUCUCUCCAAACCCCUCUUUUCUCCUUCUCUUGCUCUUCUGCCUCCAAUAGAAGAAACCACCGAGCCCCUCCAAGAUGAAUCCGACCCCACCCUGUACCUCCCGAUCUCUUACAAUUCUGGUCCGAGACCCUUCAAAGAUAUUCCCUUUCUCAUUCUCUUUGCUCUCUGUGUUCUUUGCACUUUCGCUUUUGGAAUCUUCUCUGUUUCCCAGAGAAACCCAGAUUACACCAAUCUUUCUUCUUUUACAUAUGAAUUCAACUCAACUUCUUGCGUCAAGGACUCCCUGUCGUCGUCUUCUGUUUGGUUCUUGGAAACCCAUGUGUAUUAUUACUUACUUAGUUUGUCGAGUUCUGGUUUUGGGAAGGCUUUGAUAUGGAACCUUGUAGUUACUUUCAUUUUGAGUUCACCCAUUUGUUUUCUUUUUUUUUUGUUGCUCAAGCAUUACACCAAACAGAUUGUGUACAUCUCGCUUCCUUUCUUUAUUGUUCUUCCCAUCUUCUUCAAUGUUUAUUGGUUCGUUGCCUGCACAGUUAGCUCUACUUGCAUCGAUGCCUUCCCGUUGGUUUAUAGGAUUUUGGUGCUGGUUUUUGUGUUCUUAGUUAUUGGGGUCAUUAUGUGGAUUCUUGUAGCUAAUUGGCAUCGAAUUGAGUUGACUGUAAUGAUAAUUGGGGUUGCCUCUGAUGCACUGUCAAAGAAUUUAGCUUUAUUCGUGGCCUUACCGUUAUUGACAUUUGGUUUAGUGCUUUAUUAUGCUCCAAUUGUAGUAUUCUUGGUGUUUGCUAGGCUUAAUGGGAAAAUUGUGCCAAAGGAAUCAAGUGGUGAAUACACUUGUGUUUGGAAGCAGGACAGUUGGGUGCCUGCAUACUAUGCAUUGGCAAUUCUUGCAAUGCUGUGGUCUUUGACUGCAAUGGUCGAAACUCAGGUUUAUGUGAUCAGUGGGACUAUUGCUGAGUGGUACUUCACGAAGGAGGAUUCCUCUCCUAAGCGGGGCAUUAGAAGUUCUUUGAGAAAUGCAUUUGGCCCCUCCUCAGGUACUAUAUGCCUAUCUGGACUACUUAUUUGUGCUGUUCGCUUGGUGCGUGCUGCUGUUGAUAGCACAAGAGAAGAGGAUGUUCCUGGGAUGGUGAACUUUAUAUUGCGGUGUUGUGUUAAUGCAUUACUGUCAGCAGUAGAUUUUCUUAACAAGUUCACAAUCAACUUCACAGCAAUAACUGGUGAAGCCUAUUGCAUCUCUGCAAGAAUGACAUAUGAGCUCUUAAAACGCAAUCUACUCUCUGCUGUUUUUGUGGAGACUGUCUCAUCUCGUUUGUUGACUGGAAUUGCCUUUGUCCUUUCAGCAAUAUAUGCAAUUGUGGUUUGUGCCAUCUUGAAGGGUGUGAGCAAUCUUGGGGUUGACUCAUAUUUUGUAUCUGUGCUUGCAUCAUUGCUUUUGAUGGUGGUGUUGUGCUACUUUGUCCAUGUGCUGGACAAUGUGAGAGACACCAUCUAUGUAUGCUAUGCAAUAGAUAAAGAUAGGGGUGAGGUGUAUAAACAAGAGAUUCACCGGGUUUAUGCUCACUUACCCACCAGUAGAAACCAUAGAUCACCUAUUGUUCCAAAAACUCCUGUUGUAUAAUAGAAGUCCUCCACCUGUCAUGUGCUGCUGUAAGUCUAACACGUAAUUCUAUAUGAAACUGCUAGUUGAUAAGUUGUGCAUAAUUUCAAUUGAUGCGUUGUACAAUUUUUGAGGCUUGUUCAAUAAAGAGAGAAGUUCUCAGGCAA